AUGCUCAUCUCAGAUGAAAAAGCCCAACUCUCCCUUUUCCCUUCACUCCCAGUUCCGGCCAAGACACUCCGCAUCUAUCGUCGAGCCAUCUUAGGCCGCAAACAUCUCUUUGCCCAGUCGGAUUCUGAUCACGGCCAAUAUUUCGUCAAGAAUCCUAUCCCAAACAAACAUGCCGACAAGUGGAAGCCAAUCUUCUACCGCGGUGAUAAUCCCAAGUACACUCCGACGACAAAGGCCAUUGGCCGUGCGCGUCGGUCCGGGCUUUGGGACUCCUUCAGAAUAGAGCUUGGCGAUGGCGUUGAGGAAGUGCUGCAGAACAAGAGAAGAAUUCGGGAGCGGAAGUGGUAUCAGACGAAGCAGAAAUUCCGCAAAUGGUUCUGCAUGGCACCGACGCCACCGAAGAAGCCACUGGAGGAUACGCAGGAAGUGCAAGGCCUUGUCAUGCCGUUGCGGAUGCGAAAGCCGGAUUUCCUGACCAGAAGCCUUCAGUUCACAAUAGGGGGAGAGACGUAUACGUGGAGCGGGACGAGGAGGUUUCUCCCCAAAUGGUCGAAGCGGUGGAAGGGAGUAUCCCACGAUCUCAAGCUCGUCAAUUCGGACAACGUUGUUAUUGCGACGUUCGAGAAAGAUCGGUGGGCAUCAUUCAAGAAGGCCCAAAAAACCGAAGACCCUGCCAACAAGAAAAAGUCCUAUCUUGGCACCCUCAGUAUUUUCCCCUCAGCUUCCCCGAGCACUCCCGCUUGUAUCAAUCACGCCAGACAGACUGCAGAGCAGGAUGAACUUGACCCUUCCAAGAAGCCCAAGCCCAAGAAACACACCAAGUACAUCAACUUUGAUGGGUCUCACUCUGGCGAGAUCACCGAGGAAACGAUUGUUUUCACAUGCUGGAUUGCAAUCGAGGCAGAGCAUCGCCUUCGCUAUAAGAUUUUCGAUAUACUUCAGGCAAUCGGCGAAAUACUCGGCGGAUAG